AUGCAUCUUGACUUAUCUCCACACUUGCACACUGAAGAAUGCAACAUCUUGAUUAACCUACUUAAGGAAUGUCACAAAAAUAUGAUCAUUAUGAAUUUUUUUGGUUAUUGCAAUGAUCUUGAAUGGAAGAUGAGAAAAUGCUUCAAGAAUGACUACAUGGAAAAAAGGACCAAGAGCAGGGAGCAUGGCAAUGCAAUGCGAAAGAGACUUCAUAAUCCUCCAGAGGAAUCUGAAACAUAA